GGAGUUUCGAUGGGAACGCUCGUUCGGCAUGGAGCGCGAGAGAGCGGCCAAGAAUAGCAAAGGGCACGCGAAUCUAGCCGUUCCGUAAAUGAGUGGUUGGCAAAGGUGUACGACUGAAGGCGACCGACCGAACGACCGCUCCCUCCGGUAGUCCGCGAGUCAAGUCGAGAGACUCGAGGUGCGUUCGACAAUACAAUUCGCGACGGGAAUACAGCUCCGCGCGCGCAAGAGAGAGAGAGACCUAUCUCUCUCUUAUAUGGAGCAGACUCGCGGGAAACGCCUGUUUCACGUGCCGAAUCCUCGCGCGCAGUGAACGCAAGCGCACAUUUGUGUGUAUAUGUUGUGUAUAUGUGUUGUGUAUCGUGAAGCGCAUAUGUAUAGUGCAAUCGUCAUCGCCGUCGUAGCCGUCGUCGCCGUCGUUGCCGCGGUCGUCGUCGUUGCCGCCAUCGUUACCGUCGUCGCCGUCAUCGUCACGUAUACACACGAAGAGCGAGGUUGGCUGAGCCUACAGCAGAGCGAAGAGGAGGAGGAACACGAGAGAGAGAGAAAGCGUGAUAGACGGGCCGGACAGCUAGGGUAAGAGCGAGAAAGAGAGAAAGAGAGACAGAAAGAGUGAACGAGAGAGCGCGCGGACGAGCGAGUGACCGUGCGCGUGUGCGCGCGUCCAGUAGUGUGCGCCAGCUAGUGUGCGUCGCUUGCGUGUGUGCGCGGACGCGCGCGUGUGCCAGCGGGAAGAAGCCUGAGUGAAGAAGAAGCCUGUGAGUAGAAGGCGCGAGAAGAGAGAAGUAGUAGUGGUUAUAGCGGGAGCUCUCGCUGCUCUCCGCCUUCGAGAAGGAAAGAGAGAGAAAGAGAGAGAGAAGAGGUGCAGCAGCCGCCGUCGUCGCCGCCGCACCACCACACCAUACUACACUACUACUACUGCUCCUACUACGACACCACCACCAGCGCACGCACGCACGCACGCGAGCACGGUCGCGAAGCUAAGCGCGUCGUGCUUCUCUUUCUCCGCCGCCGCGCCGGUGCAAUGUCUCUCGAGACACGUUCGAGCUCGGCCCUGUUCAAGCGAGCCGAACAGCUCAAGCGCUGGGAGCAGUCCGAGACGAAUCGCGAGCCUGCACAGCCACGGCAAGUCGCGCGCAAGAUCAAGUUUUCGGCGGACUGCGUGUUCCUGGCGGCUUGCGCGGCCAGCGACAAGGAGGAGGUCGUACGCCUGCUUCAGAAGGGGGCAGACAUCAACACCGGAAAUGUCGAUGGCCUUACGGCAUUACACCAGGCCUGCAUCGACGAUGACUUGGACAUGGUGGAAUUCUUGGUGGAGCAAGGAGCUGAUAUCAAUCGUGGAGAUAACGAGGGAUGGACGCCCCUGCACGCCACGGCGUCCUGCGGCUUCGUGUCUAUUGCCAAAUACUUGAUAGAACAAGGAUGUAAUCUGGCUGCGGUUAACAAUGACGGUGAACUGGCGCUCGACAUCGCAGAGAGCGACGAAAUGGAGGAUAUGCUCCAACAGCAUAUAAAUAAAGCAGGUAUAGAUUGCGAUCAAGCUAGGAGUGAAGAAGAACGAUCAAUGCUGAACGAUGCGAAAGCUUGGCGAUCAGGUGCACCAGGCAAAGAUUCCAUGCAUCCUAGAUCAGGAGCCACCGCACUCCACGUCGCUGCUGCCAAAGGCUACAUUAAAGUCAUGCACAUAUUACUACAAGCUCGAUGCGAUGUUAAUGCACAGGACUUUGAUGGAUGGACACCUUUGCAUGGUGCGGCGCACUGGGGUCAACUGGAAGCUUGCAAACUUCUCGUUGAGAACGGCUGUGAUAUGGAUAUGAAAAAUUACGCCGGUCAAACUGCUUUCGACGUUGCCGAUGCAGAUAUCCUAAAAGCUCUCGAAGAGUUGAAGGAGCAACAAGCACUUAUAAUGAAAGACAGCCCGCAAAUAAUUAAUAAAAAGCAAUCGUCUAUACCAAAGAAACGCGUCUCAACUAACAAUGAGAAUGCAGUGGCGGCACAAGAAUCUACAGAAAUCUUUGAGGAAGAAACACCAAAUAAAGUUAAGAAGGUUGAGUUAGAGAUUCAAUCUGACAAAGAGGAUUCCAGCACUAGUACAAACAGCGACGUCGAAGCAACGCGUGAAACACACAUGGAAGAGAGUGAUGGUGAAGGUGAAUCUGAGACUAGCUCAGAAUCACACUCUUCCACUUUCUCCAAUCAAUCUGAUAAGUCUAACCACGCGACAUGUCUUACAGAUGACGAGAAAAAGAAUAGAGUAAACAAAGAUGAAAUUGCGCUCCAUAGUCCAGUAUCUCCAGUCGAAAGUAAUAAAGUUCCUAAUCAGGCUCCAAUAUUGCCUCCAAAACAACAGACUGAUAAUAACGAGGAAGGCGUCGUACCAUCUUGGAGACGUUCAGGUUCCUUUCGAAAUAGAAUUCAAAGUACUGAAACUACUAAUUCUGCGUCUACAAAACUCGAAGAUAAGGAUAACAAUAUUAAGAUAUCAACGGUACCGAAUAAAGUGAGUGCCGAGCCCGAAGUGGUAUUACGAAGGACGCAUAGUUUCGAAACGGACGAAAAGUUUUAUGAGCAGUACUUGGCAUUACAAGCCCGCAUCAAGGCGUUCUCGUGCCCUACCCUCCAUUGCUGCAAUGUAGCUACUCCUACUCACACCAAUGCUACGACCCGCUCUGCAUCUCUACGCGAAACACACAGAAAGAAAGAAGUGAAAUUAAAUUUGGAAUUAUCAAGACUGCCACAAGGAAGCAAUACACUUUCACCAACAUCCGCAUCUAAAACAUUGGCAUCGAGUCCAUUGUCAUCCACAACAACAACUACUACCACUGCCACCACAACAACAAGUCCUAUUCCAGUCAAUCAGAUUCGCAGUGUUCAACCAGUGGAAGCUGCAUCUACAGUUGUAUCGAAUACAAAUAAUGCAGUAGCAACUGCUCCUGGAACUCCCACUACACCAGGAGGGAGCAAGCUAAGUCCGGGAAAUAUCUUCAAGAAUUUCUUCAAAUCCUUCGUUCCGCCGGUGCGCGAUGAGGAGAGCGAGACCCAGAGGAAAGCCCACGCGAAGAGAGUAAGGGAAACCAGACGAUCUACGCAGGGUGUGACGUUGGACGAAAUCAAGAGCGCAGAACAGUUGGUGAAAAAGAAACAACAAAACAACGAAUCACCGGCUUUGACGCCAUCCACGCAGCCUACGACUACGGUCAGCAAUACAGCUACGAUCACGGCUACGAUAACGACCGCAACCUCGACUACCGUGACUGCGAAUAAAGUCCCCGAGGAAUCUAAUUUGCCCGAGAGACGACCAUCUUGGAGAUUAAGGGUAGACAAUGGAAGCAAGUUUCAGUUAGAAGACGCCAAUAACAGACCUACCGAUAAUACAACGGCCUAUAUGAGAAGACCGUCCGGUGGAACUGGUAUACCUAGACCGUCAUCGGCGCCAGUCGAGACUAUCGCUACCAGCAGUACAGAAACCACCAUUACAUUACCCCUCAGGAGGUCGUUAAAGCAACCCGACGACAAAGAACAAGACAAGGAAAACGACAGCAGAAACGCACAAGCCACACAAGCCGUUAUCCAAAGGAGACGUCGGCCUAAAAGAAGAUCGACAGGUGUGGUCCAUGUGGACAUGGAUGAAAUUGACCCAGAGAAGCAAGAUUUAACUGCUGGCGGUGACUGCGACGACUCCAAGGUCAAUCACAAUGAAGUAACGCAGGCUAAGCCAACAACAGCUGCGGGUCUGAGAGCUCAGGCAUCAACAAAUGGGCAAUCAAUUUUUGGAAACAGGUCACGGAUCAACGGACUGCUCGGGCUCAACCAGAACAAUUACGCGAGCUUAUUAGGCGUGAAAAGCCCGAAUCUGUACUCCUCUGGCUCGUCCGGUAUUCUGAGCUCGAAGAGCUCGAAGAGUAGCGAUUUCUAUCGCAAGAGUCCGUACACGAAGUCCACGAACGUUGUCACGAGUCCGAGUUACCCGAAUCUCUACACGACGUAUGGUGGCACGACCACCGGAUACGGUGGUGUUACUCUGCCCUCCUCUCACACAGGUGUCAAUGCCUUGAAUCUGACGAGUUCGUCUCCAAGUUUUAACUACUUGAACUUGAGCGCGAAAACGCGCCCGCACUUGCAAAAGACUGAGAGUUUCAGCAGGCCGAAGAUCAAACCGAGUCUCAGUAUCUCAUCGAAGAGUUCCAGCCUCCAAAGUUUAACUAGCUCCGAGGGAUACGCCAGCGGGAAUGAUCGUUCUAGCAGAUCAAACCGAUUGGGCUCGAUAUCUUCGAUAUCGUCAGAGGCGUCGUCGGCGCCGAUCAGAAUAAAGUCCAGUAGUUCUGAAAACGGCGAGUUAGACUAUAAAAAAUUAUACGAGGAAUCUCAGGUGGAGAACGAGAGGUUAAAAGACAAACUGAAGCGCUCCGAUGAGCAGUUAAAGGAGGUCAGAAGUUUGCUGGAGAAAGCGCAGACCAACCAAAACAAAGUAAUUCUCUCGGAGGCGGAAAAGAGGGAGAGGCGAGCCAUGGAGAGGAAACUUUCUGAAAUGGAAGAAGAGCUGAAGGUGAUGGAGCAACUAAAAUGCGAAAAUCAGAGGCUAAAAGACGAAAACGGUGCCUUGAUCAGAGUAAUCAGCAAAUUGUCCAAAUAAAUCUGUUUGUAGUCUCAACUGCACGCCGCUGCAAAAUCUUAAGUUGUAUCAUCAACUGUGUCGAAUGAAUUGCUUUACCUGUCAACAGCAUCAACAAUUAUUGCUAGUGUUCUCACGAAUACGCGCAUUCAUGCUAUCGAUGAAUUUAUCCUCGUGCUAGUAAUUUAACUUAUUGUUUUUCCGACGGUAAAAUCAAUUAUCGCAUGGCUGUGCCAAAGGCGAGAAAAGAGACGUUACUCCUAUUCCUAGACUGUGAAUACUUGAUCAUAAAAGACUUAGAAAUUUUACUUUGUGGAAUUAAUUUUUAAUGUCUUAGAGAGAUGAUGAAUUUUAUAAUUCACUGUGAAACCAUAAACCAAUGCUCUUUAUAUAGUUAAAAAAGAAAGAAAAGAUGAAGGAAAGAGAAUUCAGGUUUACUUUAUUCGACAAUUAGGAAGCGACGCGAAACAAAACUGUUAAUCUCUAAGGACAAUUUUCUUUUUUAUCAAAUCACGUUAUCGAUGUUGAUUCUUUAUAAGGACAUUUUGUAAAUACGUAAUGAUAGACAACGGUGAUGUAGCAUUUUAGUAAUUGAAAGAGAGAAUUUUUAUCCACGAGAGCGAUCCUCUAAAGAGCACUGAGUGCGUACGUGGAAAGAAAAGGAAUAUCCGGAGUACAUGGAAUCGUAAAACGAGUCCGUUUGCAUUACCGAAGCAAUGAGCAAUAUAUAUAUAUAGAUAUAUCUGUUACGCUUUGACUAAAUUAUGCAGAUGGUAAAAGGAGGAUGAGUCAAAGAACAUGACCCUCGAUUGCUACUCAAGUGGCCUUUCUCUGAAGACUGCAAUUUAUAAUCCUUCCAUCAUUGCCAUUUUUUGCAGUAUAAGCGGUAAUCUGACGCGUACGGGAUUUAAAUGUUUUUAAUUAUUCUGUAACGAUACACUUUCUUAUAUGAUAAUAUCACGGAUGACAUGUCAAAUAUACUUUGUAGACACCAGGAUUUUUUAAUCUCCCUGAAAGUGCUAAAAAAAUUGUUCUUGUGUAACGUUUAGAACUGCGGCUGUAACUUCAGUUCAAACACUGUCGACGGUAGAAUCUGUGUUAUUACUUUUAACUAUCUCUGUCCAUUGUAUGAAAAUGCUGUCACCCAUUAUUUUCUUAUAUAGCAAUGCCGAUAAUGAUUGUCCAAUAUGCUCUGGAUACAAAGACGGAUUUAUAAAUACUGAAUAAUGGAAUGUGUAAUUAACAGUUGGCAUGUUUUUUAAUGAUAUUAUUGUAAACACAAUUGUAAAAAAAGGAUGACUCAAUGUAGUUAUUUCGUAAUGAAGUUUAUUAGAAAAUAA